CAAAACCAAAAAUGUCAACGUCAUGGUGGCACCAGAGAUGUUUUGAAAGUCAAAUUAGAUGCACAUAACGGCCUCUUUUAUUUUGCAUAUGUACCUGCAAUAAACACUGACAAGUGUGAUGAUGAUGUACUGUAGUCAGCUGGAAACUUCCUUGUAAGCAGCUCCAUCAGUGUGCUGCUGUCAUUUGUGGACACAGACAGGUUCUUCUAACAUCGUGAGACGCUGCUGUGAUGGUUCACUGAUACAAACCAACGAAAACAGGAUGUGGACCUUUAUAGUUCUUUAUAUCCUGGGACUAAACAUCUGUCAGGCUACUGGACAAGGCAAUUCAACACAAAUGUAUUAUGUCAAACUGACAAUAGAGGAAAGUGUAAUCGCAAACAUAACUAAGAAACUGACGCCUUUUGUGAGUAACACCACCCUGACAGUUGACAACCUUCAAAAGACAACAAAGUGUCAGAGCAUCCCGGACGGCACAGAGUGUCGCUGCCAGCCCGGCUUCAUCUGGAGCGAUAAAGUUUGUCAGAAAUCUAGUCAGAAAUGUUGUGGCGACGGGACAUGCGUCUUCGCCGGCAACUCGGCUCACAUGUGUGUUUCAAGCAAAACAGUUACUAUCAGUGGAGUCAUUAUUAUGAAAGGACCGGAGCAUCUCAAUUGUCUGGAAAAAAAAACCACUAAGCAAUUUAAGGACUGUAAUAACAAUUUGUUACAAGAGAUGAAAAAAGUGUACAGCACUUUGACAGGAUUUGACAUCUUAACAAUAACCAAAUACAGGCUUGGAAGCGUCAUCGCAUAUUUUGAAAUAACCAUUGCUGACAACAUCAGACACCAAGACUUGUUUGAAAGAACGAAAUGCCUGAGCAGAACUCUGUCGGGAUCACUUGACCUGGAGAGCUCAGGUGUUGUCCGUAUUAAAAUGCCGCCUAGAAGCCCCGUGUGUCACUACGACCAGCCCAUCAUCAGCUGCAUAUUACAGCAGGACCUGGGAACACAACCAGUGUGGCGGCUGAAAAAAGACAACACCAAAUAUGAGAUAUUUAAUGGCACAGAGUCAGAGGUGACAUCAGCAACAUUGGAGACCAACGUCACACUUAAAAACGUAUCAGAACUCUGGGCAGGAGAGUACACAUGUGCUUAUCUUCAAAAGUUCGAGUUAAACACCAUAUCUCACAAAGCCAGCGCUGUAUUGAACGUAUCCGUCCUGCCAAACAUUGACAUCACCACGGAACCAGCAUUUCCACUCUGCGGAAAAAGCACAGAUACACCGAAAGUAAGAGUCAAAUGUGAGAUCGACAGCAGCAAUGAAAAGUAUAAUGUGACAUGGAGUCACAAAAAAAUCUUUGCGGGUCCUUUUGAUGAUCCUGAAGAUGUUUAUGCAGCUAAUGCACUUGUUAACUGUAAUGAUUCCACGGUUACACCGCUACUAACAUGCACUUUUAAGAACAGGUGCAAUGAAGAGAGAACUGCGUCAACGUCUGUCAAUGUCAUCUAUGAAAAUGAGCAGUCCUGUGCAGCUGAAGGUGUUUGGAAAGAGACCAAAGCUGGAUUCACUGCAGUGUUAAAAUGCACGAACGGUGUUGGAAAAAGACGAAGGAAGUGCAAUCGUGGCCCAACAGAGGCGACAUGGGAACAAGAGGUUUCAGCGUGUGUGAACCAGGAAGUGAACCGUGCGCUGCAAAGUGCAAAUAUUGUUGACAUCGGACUUGGCUCACUAAAUGAAAAUGCUAAAGGUGUAUUUUCCCUCCUUGAGAAUGUCACUAAUAACUCACAGACUAUCAACACUUUCUCCAACAUGAACGCAUCUGUUCAAGUACUCCUCAGUUUGAGUCAAAAGCUAAACAGCAUAAAUGACAACCCAACAACGAAUGAUUUUCUGGAGUCAUCCAGCAAUUUGCUGGAAAGUUCUCUUAACGAAUCAUGGACAACAGCUGACGAAGGCAAUAUUUCAUUGGCUGAGCGAUAUCUGGAUGCUGUUGAGAACUUGAUUCAAGUGACAAACGUAACACGUGCCCCUAAAAAGAGAAAUAUAGAGGUAGCCGCAUCCAGUUGCACGCAGAGGUCAUGUGUUAACAAGGUGUUCGAUGCCACCGUCGUUCUUUCUACCGCAAAGCAAACCGGCACUGUAAAAACAGCUGGGUUUAAAGAGCUGGAGAAGUAUUUACCCUGCAAAAAUGACAAGUACAUGCCCAACAGCAUCAUUGUGUCAACAACUACUGAAAAUAAACAACUGGGUUCAGUUGAGGUUGAAAUCAGCUUUGCGUUGCUGAGGCCGAGGCCGAGCAACGUUCGCAUACAGUGUGUCUAUUGGGACAACAACACCAGGGGUUGGUCCCAAGAAGGAUGCAAAUGGAAGGGUGUUUCUAAUGAGGGACGUUGCACUUGCAGCCAUUUGUCCACAUUUGCCAUUCUGAUGUCAAGGUAUCCAGAGGACAUCCCCGGGCUCGAAGAGGUGACCUACGUCGGACUGUCUGUAUCAGUCCUGUCCCUCAUUAUCAGCCUCGUGAUAGAAAUGGCCAUCUGGAGUACUGUAGUGAAGACAAAUACUUCAUAUUUACGCCAUACUGCCCACAUAAACAUUUCUCUAUGUUUGCUGGUUGCAGAUUGUUGUUUUUUAGCAUCUUCUGACCCAAAGUAUAUAUCAGAAAUGUGGUGUAGGAUCCUUGUGGUGUUGAAGCAUUUCUGCUACCUGUCCAUGUUCUUUUGGAUGUUUUCUCUGAGCAGCAUGCUUCUUCAUCAAGCAAUGUUUGUGUUCCACAAUGUGAGCAAGAAAACCUACCUGAAGCUCUCAUUAGUCCUGGGCUAUGUGUUUCCAUUGCUGGUUGUUGUUAGCACGUUCCUUAGCUAUAAGGGCGGUGCUGAAGGCGUGUACUUCUCCCGUGACACCUGCUGGCUGCUUUAUACAGGACUCAUGAAAGGGUCCAUCCACACAUUCGUCAUACCAGUCGGUAUAAUCGUCUUCUUCAACACGUUCGCCAUGCUGAUGGUAAUCAUUAAGCUUUUGGAUAUGAAGACAGAAAAAUCUAUGGAAAAGGAAAAACAGGCUGCCGUAACUGUCGUGAGGACAGUUAUUCUUCUGACUCCAAUCUUCGGUGUGACUUGGGCUUUUGGGUUUGCGGUGAUGCUUAUUGACCUCACAUCUGGACCCAUAGCCAUCGCAGUCAACUAUGUCUUCACCCUGCUGAACGCAUUCCAGGGUUUGUUCAUUUUGUUAACCACCUGCCUGGGGGACAAACAAACCCGUGAUGCACUGGGGAAUCGUCUAAAGAAAAUCGCUCAGGCAUCGACUACUGACAGCACCGUCAAGUUGGAGUCAACUAGUAAGAUGUGAAAAUCAUGUAAAAUAUGUGCCCUUUCACAUCAAAACAAACUACAUUUUACACAUAAAACCACAGAUGAUUUAUUACCUGUGAUACAAGUUAAAGUCCACUGUACACUGUUGUAAUGUUUUAGUAGAUAUCUGUGUUUCUGACAGCAAAUAUUCC